AGGGGAGAUAACUGGAAACAUGUCCCAGAAGAACUGCACCACAGUCUUCUUCAAUGUAACCACCAGUUACUCUGAUAAAUACUACUUCAGGAUUGAGAGUCAACCAUUCCGUGCAACAGACCUUGAUAAGUCUGUUUCUAUAGAUGUCAGAGGUGAGGUGAAGGAAGGGACCCCUGUCAGUUUGAACUGCUCUGCUGUCGCUCCCUGUCCCGAACACCCCCCUGAGCUGACAUGGACUCUCCCAAAACAGUUCACAACUGAGAACCAACUGCAGGAGAGUUCAGACCAAACCAAAUCAGUUCUCUCCACGGUGACCUUCACUCCGUCAUAUCUUCAUCAUGAGAAGAACAUCACUUGUACCUCAGUCUACCCAGUAGGGGCAAGUAACAAGACAACUGAACAUAACAUGAUGCUUAACGUUUCAUUCUCUCCUAAGGACACCUCGGCCUCCAUCAGUCCAUCUGAUCCAGUAUCAGUGGGCAGCUGUGUUAAUCUGACCUGCAGCAGUACAGCCAACCCUCCUGUGACAACCUUCACCUGGUUCCAGAUCAGUGGAGAUAAACCAACACAGGUAGCAUCUGGACAGAGUUACACCCUCAAUGUGACUGUUGAUGGAGGACUGUACUUCUGUGAAGCAAGAAAUAAUAAUAAAUGCAUCUCAGUGCAAGAGGCGUCACUACAGUCCCUGGUUUGAUUCCAGGCUGUUUCACGUCCGGC